AUGCAAAUGCGACGGAUUUCACGCCAAGCAAAACCAUAUGAUGACCUCGUAAAACAACAGACGAAGCAGAACUUCGAUGCCGCUGCAGCCCCUCAGUUCCCUCGGGCUAGUGGUCGGGAUGUGUUGGGCAGAAGGGGCCAGGCCUGGAACAAGACUGGAUCCAACGGCGAAGGACUGGAAGUGAAAAGUCACAAAUGUUAG